AUGAGUACUAUUCCACGUAAGAAAUCAGAUGAAAUCGCGCGAUCUAAAGCUAAAUUUGGUCGAACUAGUACGCAUAACUUAACUAUGGGAAUUGUUGGGCUGCCUAAUGUUGGCAAGUCCUCUUUAUUCAAUAUAAUGACUGAGCAACAAGUGCCUGCUCAGAACUAUGCCUUUUGCACUAUCGAUCCAUCGGAAGCUAAAGUGGCUAUUAAAGACCCUAGAAUGGACCAAUUAAUGGCUAUCUAUAAAUCAAAGAAAAGAGUGCCUGCUUAUCUUACUGUCUUUGAUAUUGCUGGUUUGGUAAAAGGAGCUUCAGAAGGCUUGGGUUUGGGCAAUCGGUUUUUAGAGAAUAUUCGGCAGGUGGAUGGAAUUUACCAUGUUGUGCGCUGCUUUGAAGAUGACUCGAUUGUGCACGUAGAUGAUUCAGUCGAUCCAGUUCGUGAUUGUACGGUGAUUGGCCAUGAGUUACGGCUGAAGGACUUAGCUGAUUGUCAGUCGCAUUUAGAGAGUGCCAAGAAGCAAUUGAAAGCUAAAAGCAAUGAUAAGCAGGUAAAACUACUGGUAAGUUCUUUGGAGAAGUUAAUGAGUGGUUUAGAGGCGGGUCAAGAUGCUCGUGCAAUUGACUUUACGAGUGAAGAGAUUAGAGCUUUAAAACCUUUGAAUUUGAUAACGGCUAAGAAUGUUGUUUAUUUGGCUAAUAUUAGUAGUGAAAUGUUCUUGCGUAAGAAAGUACCCUCUUUAGCUGGUAAAUUGGCGAGGCAUUUAGCAGUGGCCGAUCCGGGUGCACCUUUAGUACUAGUGAGUGCGGGUUUAGCGGAUGCAGAAGAGACUAAUGGGUACUUGACGAAAACAAUUGCGGCUGGGUAUGCGUCCUUAGAGUUAAGUAACUUCUUUACUUGUGGGCCGGAAGAGGUGCAUAGUUGGACAAUUCGGGAGGGGACUUUGGCCCCGGAUGCUGGUGCGGUGAUUCAUUCGGACUUUAAGCAGGGCUUUGUAGCCGUUGAUGUGAUCUCUUAUGCUGAUAUUAUUGAGCAUGGGUGUGAGCAGAAGGUUAAGAGCUUAGGAUUGUGCAAGAUGAAAGGCAAAGACUAUGCCGUGGCUAAUGGUGAUAUUUUGCAUUUCAAGGCGGGUAGGAUCAAUCCGGCUAAGAAAUAA